AUGUCAAUUUUGAAUGUCUUCUUCCCUGGUCUCAGCAUGGCCUCUGCAUUCGUACAACAGCUGCUUGCCGUUAACCUGGACAGCUGCACUCGACCCCUUUAUACCUUAGCAAUGUUUCCCAAAGCUUCGAUUCUCCACAUCUCUUACUACGACGAGGCAUACGACAUGCGACUCGAUUGUAUGUCUGCCCAGCCUUUUGUCCAUAAUGCAAACUCGUUGAUCGCUCGCGUGAGAUAUCCAAAAAGAACCCGUAUUCCGCACCAAGGAAAGAAAACAGCCGUCAGCUUUUCGCCCUGGGACGGAUUCUUCCCUUUAUGGUUUCGUGGACUACUGCUCAUCCUUCACUGUGCGAUCAAAGAUGACCAAGAAAAUAUCUACAUAUACUCCAUUGGGUAG